GGAGGUCAAAUAAAAUGGUAGGAAUGUGAUUUCUCACAGUCUCACAGAGGACCGAGGCGGACGGUGAGCCCGCGGAAAGCGCGCCUUGCCCAUCUGCGUGUGCCUCAGUGUAAGUGCCGUACAAACGCCAUAGUGUAAAUAUCAACCAGCCAUCUCGAUUGAUGAGCCACCGAGCUGAAGCUGAGGAAAGAUGCAUCGUCUUAAACACUUAGUACACCGGUCUCCUCAUGUUCCCCUCCGGACGGACUCGCUUUGUUCACAUCUAUGGCAGCAAGCUCGAUCUAAAACGCAGGGGCCUACAGAGCAGUGCGGGCUGAAACGGUUCAGCACGGCAGAGGCCACUGUGGAAACGGGAGAUCCAGUGAGGAUGCGAGAGAAGACCCUGACCAUGGCGACCUUAAACCCGCAAGUGAAAGCGGUAGAAUAUGCCGUGAGAGGACCUAUUGUUAUCAAAGCGGGGGACAUCGAGAGAAGACUUCAGCAGGGUGUGAAGCAGCCUUUCACUGAGGUCAUCAAAGCCAACAUUGGUGAUGCUCAUGCCAUGGGCCAGCAGCCAAUCACUUUUGUCCGUCAGGUGGUGGCUCUGUGUUGUUUCCCCGAACUGCUGGACAGUCCGGCUUUUCCCGAUGAUGCCAAGCAACGAGCCCGACGCAUCCUCCAGGACUGUGGAGGACAAAGCCUUGGCUCGUACAGUGCCAGCCAGGGCGUGGAGUGUGUCCGACGGGACGUUGCUGACUACGUCACACGUAGAGACCAGGGUGUACCUUCUGACUGGAACAACAUCUACCUCACCACGGGGGCCAGUGAUGGCAUCAUGAGCAUCCUUAAGCUGCUAGUGUCGGGUGAGGGCAGAUCCAGGACGGGCGUGAUGAUUCCCAUCCCCCAGUACCCACUGUACUCUGCAACCAUCUCGGAGUUAGAGGCCGUGCACAUUCACUACUACCUGGAUGAGGCCAAUUGCUGGGCGCUGGAUAUUGAAGAACUGCAGCGAGCUUACCGGACGGCCAAGCAGCACUGCCAGCCCAGAGUCCUCUGCAUCAUCAACCCUGGAAACCCCACCGGUCAGGUGCAGAGUAAGAAGUGCAUAGAGGAAGUGCUGAACUUUGCCUAUGAGGAAAAUCUGUUUGUCAUGGCUGAUGAGGUCUACCAGGACAACGUGUACUCUUCAGACUGUCACUUCCACUCCUUUAAGAAGGUCCUCUAUGAGAUGGGCCCUGAGUACUUCAACAAUGUGGAGCUGGCCUCCUUCCACUCCACCUCCAAAGGCUACACUGGAGAGUGUGGUUUCCGCGGAGGCUACAUGGAGGUGUUAAACAUGGACCCACAGGUGAACGCCCAGCUAGUCAAACUGCUGUCUGUCCGCCUCUGCCCUCCCGUCUCUGGUCAGGCUGCGAUGGACGUCAUUGUAAAUCCCCCCAAAGAGCACGAGCCCUCCUACGCUCAGUUUACAAAGGAGAAGCGCUCAGUCCUGGAUGCCCUGGCUCACAAGGCAAGGCUGACAGAGCAAAUCCUGAACUCUGUGCCUGGGAUCAAGUGCAAUCCAGUCCAAGGAGCCAUGUAUGCCUUCCCUCAGAUCUUCAUCCCAGCACGAGCAAUUCAGGAAGCCCAGUCCCUGUCCAUGGCUCCUGAUAUGCUGUACUGCCUCAAACUGCUGGAGGAAACUGGUAUCUGCGUGGUCCCAGGAAGUGGAUUUGGCCAGAGAGAGGGAACCUAUCACUUCAGAAUGACCAUCCUUCCAAGCCCAGAGAAGCUGAAAGUCCUCCUGGAGAAACUAAAAGAAUUUCAUCUCAGAUUCCUUGAAGAGUACUCGCAACCAGAAGCUCAAGUCACCGGAACCAGCAAAGACCAACACAGAGAAAUGUCAAAUCAACCAGACUGAUACCCCCCUCCCCCCACAGACUUAUUCAGAAUAUGCUAUUUAUUUGACAGCUUGUGUAAUAUUGAUAUUGCUUUGAGUUUACUCUUGUAUUUAAGGACUUGUGUUACAGAAAUGCGUGCCUUUAACUGAAAUGAUAUUUAAAAAAAGCAAAGGACCCUCUUCCUGUCUAGACAUGUGGCCCUGAUUAAGAAAUAAGACAGCAUAGCAACAUAGGAAACCACUGAAUAGUUCCUUCAUGCUCCCAUUGAUCUGUGCUCUGCAGCUCAGAGAUGAACUACCACAGAACAGCUGUUGCUUCUGAACACAUCCUGUUCAUGCUUCGCACAUCACCUUGUUACACACGUACGAGGAGUUGUAUGCCCCUAGAACCAUGUCUGUACCUUGUUUUAAUACUGCCUUAUAUGACAUUCAAAUCACAAAAAUAUGCAUAUUGUGUUACUGGUAUCUAGCCAUGGAUAGUUUCAAUUGUUUUUGUUUAUGGUUAUUACAAAAAUUACAACCAAACAGGUUAUUUAGCCUUUCAGAAUGACCCAUAUGACUUAAAAAAAUGGUAACAUGACAUGAUAUCAAAGGUGGUGUGAGUGUUUUUUUGAUCAGCUGCCUCAAAUUAAACUACUUAAUGUUAAGAAACGAUUUUGAUCCCAGUUGACUGUUGGUGGAGCUAGAGUAUGAAACCAGAACCAUAUCCUGGCAAUGUGGAAAAGCCUUUGAAAACAGUCACAUGAAUCAAUAAAAGAAAUCCAUUUUUAAAAAUCA